AUGCAUCAGCAAGCCUUUCUCUUGUCUGCUAUCAUCGCAGCUGUUCGAGCCCAGCAAGCUGGUACUCUUACAGCUGAGAACCACCCGUCUCUGACCUGGCAGCAAUGCACCUCCAGUGGCUGCACUGACCAGGCCGGCGAAGUAGUUAUUGAUGCCAAUUGGCGUUGGCUUCAUUCAACCAGUGGCUCUACUAACUGCUACACUGGAAACACGUGGGACACCUCUCUCUGUCCCAAUGACGAGACGUGUGCAAAGAACUGUGCCCUGGAUGGCGCCAACUACCAGUCAACCUACGGUAUCACGACCACCGGCGACUCUCUGUCCAUUGACUUUGUCACUGGCGCGAACAUCGGCUCCCGUCUCUUCCUCAUGGAGGACGAAAACACCUACAAAUCGUUCAAGCUGCUCAACAGAGAAUUCACCUUCGAUGUGGAUGUUUCGAACCUCCCCUGCGGUCUCAACGGUGCUCUGUACUUUGUCUCCAUGGACGCAGAUGGUGGUGUAGCGAAGUAUCCUGCCAACAAAGCCGGUGCCAAAUACGGCACUGGAUACUGCGACUCGCAGUGUCCUAGGGAUCUGAAGUUCAUCAAUGGAGAGGCCAACGUGGACGGCUGGGUUCCUUCCACCAGCGACCGCAACGCUGGAAUCGGUAACCACGGCUCUUGCUGCGCAGAGCUGGAUAUCUGGGAAGCAAACAGUAUCUCCACGGCCCUGACUCCUCACCCGUGCGACACCGCCACCCAGACUAUGUGCGAGGGCGACAAUUGCGGCGGCACCUACUCCUCCUCCCGCUAUGCUGGUACUUGCGACCCCGACGGCUGCGACUUUAACCCUUACCGCAUGGGCAACAAGACCUUCUUCGGCCCCGGCAAGAUCGUCGACACCAAGUCCAAGAUGACCGUCGUCACCCAGUUCCUCACCUCGGACGGCACCGACAGCGGCACCCUCAGCGAGAUCAGGCGCUUGUACGUCCAGAACGGCAAAGUGAUCGCCAACUCAGCAUCCGACAUCAGCGGCGUCUCCGGCAACUCCAUCAACGCGAAGUACUGCACGGCUCAGAAGAAGGCUUUCGGAGACCAGGAUAUCUUCGCUCAGCACGGCGGCCUGUCGGCCAUGAGCAAGGGACUGGAGGCGGGCAUGGUGCUUGUCAUGAGCUUAUGGGAUGACCACCACUCCAACAUGAACUGGCUUGACAGCAAUGAUCCCGACACUGGCUCUGCAAGCACUCCUGGCGUUGCUCGUGGUACAUGCAGCACUACGGCAGGAGACCCGCAGACUGUUGAGUCCCAGUCACCUGGGUCCAAUGUUGUCUUCUCCGCUAUCAAGUUUGGGCCGAUUGGAUCGACUUACUCCUCGUAA